GGGGCUUUCCCUCGAGCCUGUCGGCACUGCAGGGCCCUGUGAGCCCGCUCCCGUGCGCGCCCGGCCGGCCGCCAGCGUACGGGAGAAAGAUGUGACUGACUGUCGUAGACCGACACAGCCCGGCAACACCACAUUCUUGCGACAGAGGGCUGCCAUGCGCCUCGCCUGGGUCACAACGCCGCCCCGCCAGCAGGGGGCGCGGGGUCACCACGUGGCGGGCGCGGCGGCACUCUGGGCGGCCGGAAGGCGUGUCUCGGUGGUGCGGCUGGCGGCGCUCCGCCGGGCCGCCAGGGGGCGGGGCGGGGCGGGCGCUUCCUGGCGGUGGCGGCGGAAGCGGCGGCGGCGGCGGCGGCCGGGCCGGGCUGGGCUGGGCUGUGCGUGCCGAGGCGUCCCGCCGCCCCAGGCGUACCCAGGCGGCGGCAGCAGCAGCAGCAGCAGUAGCGGCGGCGGCGGCGGCGGCAGCAGCAGCAGCAUGUCGGUAGCGGGGCUCAAGAAGCAGUUCUACAAGGCGAGCCAGCUGGUCAGCGAGAAGGUUGGAGGGGCUGAAGGGACCAAGCUAGACGAUGACUUCAAGGAAAUGGAAAAGAAAGUGGACCUGACCAGCAAGGCAGUUACAGAAGUAUUGACCAGAACAAUAGAGUACCUCCAGCCGAACCCAGCUUCCAGAGCCAAGCUAACCAUGCUCAACACGAUGUCGAAGAUCCGCGGGCAGGUGAAGAACCCCGGCUACCCGCAAUCGGAAGGGCUGCUGGGGGAGAGCAUGAUCCGAUACGGCAAGGAGCUGGGUGAGGACUCCAACUUCGGCGAUGCGCUUCUUGAUGCUGGUGAAUCUAUGAAGCGGUUGGCUGAAGUGAAGGACUCGCUGGAUAUUGAAGUCAAACAAAAUUUUAUCGAUCCCCUUCAGAACCUGUGUGACAAAGACCUGAAAGAGAUCCAGCACCAUCUCAAGAAGCUGGAAGGCAGACGCUUGGACUUUGACUACAAGAAGAAACGACAGGGCAAAAUCCCCGAUGAGGAACUUCGACAGGCCAUGGAGAAAUUUGAAGAGUCCAAGGAAGUAGCAGAGACCAGUAUGCACAACCUCCUAGAAACUGAUAUCGAGCAGGUGAGCCAGCUCUCAGCCUUGGUGGACGCCCAGCUGGACUACCACAGGCAGGCAGUGCAGAUCCUGGAUGAGCUUGCAGAAAAACUCAAACGCAGAAUGAGGGAGGCCUCCUCACGUCCCAAGCGGGAGUACAAGCCCAAACCCAGGGAGACAUACGACUUUGGAGACACUGACCAAUCUAACGGGGGCUUCUCUUGCAAUCCUACCCCCAAAGUCUCAGCUUCCUCCUCUUUCCGAUCCGACAAGCCGUCCCGGGCCUCCGUCAGGAGUAUCCCCCCCCUGGACCAGCCCUGCUGCAAGGCUCUCUACGACUUCGAACCUGAGAACGACGGUGAGCUGGGCUUCAAGGAAGGGGACGUCAUCACCCUCACCAACCAGAUCGACGAGAACUGGUACGAGGGCAUGAUCAACGGCCAGUCGGGCUUCUUCCCCCUCAACUACGUGGAAGUGCUGGUUCCGCUACCUCAGUGAACGGCAUGGCUCCUGUCCCCGCUCCCGGCGCGGGCCGAGCUCCAUUCCACCUCCAUCCCGACACCGGCCCGCCCUCGGCAGUGGGGCCGUGCUAUCUCUGCAUCACCUCGGGGCGAGAUUGCCACCAGGGAACAAGCCAGAAGGGUCAAAUGGCCCCCCCCAGCCCCUUGAAUUUGGUUAUUUUAAUUAAUUUUUUCUUUUUUUUUUUUUUUUGUCCUUCUGGUGCUUGAACUUCGGUACUUUGCGCGCCCUGCCAGGUGUCCCCCCCCCCGGGCUGUACGAUUGUCACAGGCCUCUCCCUGUCCAGUUUUUGUUUUUCCUUUGGGUCAAGCAUCCGGAUGAGCCAGGUGGGAGAGCCAGGAUGCGUCCUUCACGCUGAGCAUCAGCGCACGGAGACAUGUGGCACAGUGGCAGGGGACAAAGCAACCCCCAGCAUCACCAAGGGGUGAGACCUUGACACUACCCCUCCCCCACGGGUGCCCAGCCUCCCUACAGCCCAGCACCGAUGCAGGACCUGGCUCUUUCGCUCCUGGGGGCUCCAGGGAGGGAUGCUGUGGCACAGCAACACUACACCACCCAUCAAACACUAAGCCAGCCCCGCGGUGCGGGUGCUGAGCCCUGUCGGGGGCUCUGUGCAGUCCCUGCCUGCCCCAGAGGGACACAGCAAGGAUGUCCCCUGCCUGCUGUUGGCCCUGUGCCCCCUCCCUGCAGAGCUCAGCUCCACAGGGGGUGGCUGCUCCCUUCUGCCCUUGAUUUUUAAGUAUUUUAGGCCAGGUUGCAUCUGGACCUUGGGCUUUUCCUACUACAAACUCUACACCGAGUCUGUCAGAGUUGGGGGAUAAUUUGGGGGUGGUGGGAGCUGGGCCGCAGCCCAGGGUCUGCCCACCAUGGGGCACAGUAGGUUGUGUCUCCUCUCUGAGGCUCUGCACCAUCCCCAGGGAGCCACCAGCACCCCGUGCCACAGGACCAGGGAUCGUGGCUGUGGGACUGGAGCUCGGCUGAUCCUCACGUGCCUUUGCUGUGCCCCCUGUCUCUGCCCCACAGCCACCCUCCUGGGGGGGUGGGCAACAUGCCCCUCGGCCACUGUGUUUGGUGGGAAAAGGUAUCAUACAUCUCAGCGCCACUUCUGCCAGCCCCAAGCAUCCCUGCAUCUUCCUUAUUGUGGGGGUCAGGGUGGGGUCCAGCAGCAGCAGCGCUCGCCCCAUCUCUCUUGACUCCGUGGUUUUCCUUGCUAGAAAAGUGGUUUCUUUCCCUCUUCCUCAGCCUUGGCCGGGCUCCAGCAUCUCUCCUCCUCCUCACCUGGCCGGGGGCUGAGCCCCAGCUCCGCACCAGGCCCAUGCUGCAGCACAUCCCUGUCCCUGCUGUUCCCGGCUCCCGUCACAGUUCCACAGCCCUUUUUUAAUGAUUUUAACCGUGCAUGUCAAUGUGUGUCCAGUCCCCUGCCACACUGUGCUCCGAGCGGGCUGACCAGUGACCCCAGUCCCAGACUGGGGGGGGGCACAAGGCAGCUCCCCCCUUGAUCCCAACAGCACAGGGAGCCCAAGGGACCAGUGCCCCCAGGGCCCUCACCUUUGUCCCCUUCCCAGUGGGGACAGGGGUCACAUCCUGGGAACACUGGUUCCUGCUCAGGUGGAUUGAAAUGCGUUUUGUCAGUUGGGACAACCUGCUAGAUGGUUUGGGGUUUUUGUAAUGGUUUCUCCUGGUUUUUAGGGGGAAAAAAAGAUGACCCACAAAUCUCGACUUGUAUCUCUGAAUGAAAGUAUUAAAUGUUUUCUUCUUUCUAA